ACACAGGCAGGCGCACGCCAUGGGGCACCUGGGGCUGGUCGUCUUGGGCCUCACCUGCUGCUGGGCGGUAGUGAGCACGGCGAAGCUGGGCGUGGUGUACACGGAAGGAGGCUUCGUGGAGGGCGUCAACAAGAAGCUCAGCCUCUUUGGCGACUAUGUCGACAUCUUCAAGGGCAUCCCCUUCGCCGCCCCCCCGAAGGCCCUGGAGAACCCUCAGCAGCACCCUGGCUGGCAAGGAACCCUGAAGGCCAAGGACUUCAAGAAGCGGUGUCUGCAGGCCACCAUCACCCAGGACAACACCUACGGGGAGGAGGACUGCCUCUACCUCAACAUCUGGGUCCCCCAGGGCAAGAAGGAAGUCUCCCGGAACCUGCCCGUCAUGAUCUGGAUCUACGGAGGCGGCUUCCUCAUGGGGGCGGGCCACGGGGCCAACUUUCUCAGCAACUACCUGUACGACGGGGAGGAGAUCGCCACACGGGGCAAUGUCAUUGUGGUCACCUUCAACUACCGUGUCGGCCCCCUGGGCUUCCUCAGCACUGGGGACGCCAGCCUGCCAGGUAACUAUGGCCUUCGGGAUCAGCACAUGGCCAUCACUUGGGUGAAGAGGAACAUUGAAGCCUUUGGGGGGGACCCCAACAACAUCAGUAUCUUUGGGGAGUCAGCUGGAGGUGCCAGCGUUUCUCUGCAGACCCUCUCUCCCUACAACAAGGGCCUUAUCCGGCGAGCCAUUAGCCAGAGUGGCGUGGCAGUGUGCCCCUGGGCCAUCCAGAAGAACCCCCUCUUCUGGGCCAAAAGGAUCGCUGAGAAGGUGGGCUGCCCCUUGGACGAUACCGCCAGGAUGGCCAAGUGUCUGAAGAUUACCGACCCCCGUGCCCUGACGCUGGCCUAUAAGAUGCCCCUGGCAGGCAUGGAGUAUCCUGCACUGCACUAUCUGGGCUUUCUCCCUGUCGUCGACGGAGACUUCAUCCCCGAUGACCCCGUCAAGCUGUACGCCAAUGCGGCCGACAUUGACUACAUAGCAGGCUUCAACAACAUGGACGGCCACAUCUUUGCCAGCAUCGACAUGCCAGCCAUCAACAAGAACAAAGAGGAGGUCACCGAAGAGGACUUCUACAAGCUGGUCAGCGGGCUCACCAUCACCAAGGGACUCAGGGGUGCCAACGCCACCUUUGACAUCUACACCAAGCCCUGGGCCCACGACACGUCCCAAGAGACCAAAAAGAAGACCAUGGUGGACUUGGAGACCGACAUCCUCUUCCUGGUGCCCACCCAGUCUGCCGUGGCCCAGCAUAGAGCCAAUGCCAAGAGUGCCAAAACCUACACCUACAUGUUCUCCCACCCCUCUCGGAUGCCCACCUACCCCAAAUGGGUGGGGGCUGACCACGCGGAUGACAUCCAGUACGUCUUUGGGAAGCCCUUCGCUACGCCCCUGGGCUACCGGACCCAAGACAGGACGGUCUCCAAGGCCAUGAUUGCCUACUGGACCAACUUUGCCAGAACUGGGGACCCCAACAUGGGACAUUCAGCUGUGCCCACACACUGGGAUCCCUACACGGUGGAAAGUGGUAACUACCUGGAGAUCACCAAGAAGAUGGAUCACAACUCCAUGAAGCAGCACCUGAGGACUAAUUACCUGCACUUCUGGACCUUGACCUACCAGGCACUGCCCACAGUGACCGGAAAUGGGGCCUCCCCCGCUCCCCCCUCCGGGGAUUCCGAUGCCACCCCCACCCCCCCCGGGGAUUCUGAUGCCGCCCCCGCGCCCCCCUCGGGGGACUCUGAGCGGGCUCAGAUGCCCAUAGUCAUCGGCUUCUAA